ACCACUGCAGUUGUAAAAAUGAUUUUACGAGACGCGUUUCGGUUCUUGUUGGUUGCUGUUACGAUUGGUGGGAUACGAGCUGGUUUAGAAUGCGGUAAAGUGAACCGUCUAGCCGGUUACGUAAUUAACGCAGAAGAAACGGAAAACGUUUGGCCCUGGCAUGUGGCCUUGUACAAUUCCACCAACGAUUACAUUGCGGGAGGUUCCAUCAUCAGCGAGCGAUUCGUGCUGACAGCAGCUCAUGUGACCUUCCGGAAUGAACAUAUCGCUCUGCAUCCGUUUGAAUUGCACGUCCGCAUGGGCAUAAAGGAUCUGAGGGAUCCGCAGAAUUACACACGAUAUGCGAAUGUGUCGAAGAUUAUUCGAUAUCCCAAUUAUGAUACGAAGCUAAUGGUGAACGAUUUGGCCCUGCUGCAACUGACGAAUGCAAUUGAGUUUAGUUCUUACAUUUCUCCGAUCUGUUUGUGGCCUGUUGGGGGACCAAACUUGGACGAUCUGGCAGCAACCGAGCAGGGUACGGUUGUUGGAUGGGGCUACACAGAGAACAGCACGAUCUCGCAAGUCCUACGGGAAGCUAAAAUGUCGAUCAUCAAUUUUCAAAGUUGUGUGGAAAAUACGAAAUCUUUCCAACCGUUGCUGACCGAGGGUCGGAACUAUUGCGCCGGGAACCGGGCAGAAACGACCGUAUGCAGGGGUGACAGUGGAGGAGGAAUGUAUUUCAUGAUUGAUUUUACGUGGUACCUGCGAGGUAUCGUAAAUCAAGGAACGCCUACGCAGGAUACUCGCUAUCCAUGCGAUCCAAAGAAGGAAGUCAUUUUCAUGGAUGUCACGUUCUACCAAAAAUGGGUUGAGAGAUACGCUCUCCCGCAGCAGCACAAUCGGUUGGGUUUGGCCAGGUGCGGUCUCGGAAGUUACGUCGAGUCUACGCAGAAGGUCAACCGGGUUCUUGCUUCGGAGAGAAAUCCAUGGAUUGCCCAUUUGCAUUAUUUGUUCUGGGAUCGGUUCUACGUGAGCGACUGUCACGGAAUAUUGAUUCAUCCGGAAUUUGUUUUGACUCUCGCCAGGUGCAUUGUGAAACAGCCGAAUCGAGAAUUGUUGCACGUAGUACUUGGUGAAGAAUCCAUCGGACCGGAUCCGUACGAUGAAAAUCAGUUUGAUAUCCAGGUUGUGAGCAUUACGGAGACAAUCGUUCAUGAGAAGUUCAGUACGCAAGGAUUUGGGUAUGACGUUGGGAUAGUUCAUUUGGCACGGAAUGCGGAUAUUCAGAAAGAUACCAUCGCACCAAUCUGUUUACCGGCAACUCUCGAGCCCACUCCUUACUACAUUCUAAACGCAUGGUAUCGACGUGAUGAUCAUCCAAAGGAACUGAAAGGAUCGCUUCUACAACCAGUUCGAUUCAGCGCCUGCAGUUCCAUGUAUCGCCGAGUGGGGAUUGUGACCGAACCGGAUUCCAAGUUAAUUUGCUUUCAACACUGUAAACUCAAGGAACAAAUUCAAGCCAACGGUACUUACAAUUGUGAGUUGAUAUACGGUAAAGAUUGUCGCGUUCCAAUGUCCGGCGGACCGGUGUUCUACACCAAACACGAUGGCUACAAUACCUAUACUUACCUGGCCGGGUUGCGAUCGUUUGGACCAGCGGAUUGCAAUGACAAACUGAAUGAUUUCUGCACGGACAUCGUAUCACUAGGACCGUGGAUCGAAAGGAUCGUAGAGGAAGAAGCCCUAUUCAUUGCAGAAGUCUGAGCGGUUAGAGCUGAAAAUUUUUAUUAGUUCGAUCCAAUGUCACUUACUUAAAGGAGAUUUUUCGUUCCAUUCAUUUUCAGGAGCACGUUUAUCCUAAACAAUUAUUCGCAUUUUCUUAUCAGCUUUUACUGGAUACUACAUUAAAAUGGACAUAGUUCAUUUUGUGUCAUG